UUCGUCGGUCUUGUUUUGGGUCAACAUUUUGUUAGUUAUUAGUUAUUAUUUAAUUAUAACUGUCAUUGCUCUGGAAUUUUAUUUUUAGAUUGAAGUGACACAUGACAGUGACGCUAAAGAUGACCAGCAAACAAAUCAAAAUAAAUUUCUGUGCCAUAGUAUUAGUGAAUUGUUUUGUUUGGAGAAUAGAGAAUUGUGAAAGGAUAAAAAACAAAACAAAAUUACUCAUGAUUAGUUUUGUGUCCGCAUGUAAUUAAUAGGAAACAAAUUUAGAUCAUACAAGGAAAUUAUUCUAUUUAGCCUGUGAAUAUUACAAACAAUUUAAAACAAACCUCAGAGAUGAUAUAUUCACCAAAAUGUUGCUUUUUUAUUUUUGUUGUAAUAAUCCCUCGCGUUAUAUUACAAGAAGGAUUUUGCAAGGAUGGUGACAAAGGUGUCUGGAGAUGUUGCACAGACUAUAGGAAUGUAACUGGAAAAUGUGAACCAUGUAUUGGGUCAUUUGGAGUAGAAUGCCUAAGUCUUUGUUUGGAGAACUACUACGGUCAUGGCUGUCGGAGUGCCUGUUCCUGUGCCAGUGACGAACACUGCGACAGGGUCUAUGGAUGCAUUCAUGACACCAUAUGCAGAAAUAAUUUUACUGGAAGGAUCGAAUUGUGCACAAAUGAUACUGAUAAUGAGAGAAAUGAGAAUUGUUCGUUUGAAAAGAAAGACAGAGAAGGAAGGUUUCAAGGUAACCACAUCGUGUUAACAGCAUUUGGGUCAAUCUCUAUUACCUCUGUAGUUUGGAUACUGUUUUUCAGAUGCAAGUGGUACAGAGAGCAAAAUUGGGGUAAAAAGACAAACAGCAACACCAGAGAUGAAAUACCUCUAUCAGAGUUUCCAGAUAGAGAGAAAAGAAAUAAUAGAAGUGAAGCAAGGGAAGUACUGCGACAAAGCCGGCCACAAAGACAAUAUGAAAAUGAAGUAUAUAAUAGGUACUCGGAUAACUAUAAUCACUUAGAUUUCCGUAAUGGAAAGACUGUUCCUUUGGAAAUUGCUUCUAAUAGCAAUUACAGCAAGAUUAAUUUAGAUUCGUCGUGUAUAUACGAAAAUGAUCUUGAAUCACAUUCAUGGGAAAGUAGCAAAGCUUGCAUUGAUGUCAGUGAAAAAUUACAUUCCGGGGACUCAGAAAUGGCAAAAAGAGUGAAACGCGGCAUAGAUAAAAGACAAGGCAUUUCCAACGAACACCAAAGAAAUACGGACACAGAAUCUCAAAAACCAGCGAAUUCUGAUUUACAAUUUUGCAGUAUAAGUGAUUUUCAAGUGAAGACUGGGGAUAGUCAAAAGGGGAGAAGUAUUCCAGUUCAGGUCGAAGAGGUUGACGAAGUAUACGGGUUCAAUAGAAAAGAUGUACAAAGCUUUAUUGGAUUUCCGUGUGAAAAACCUAAACUAGACAGAAAUAAUAGUGUUUGUUGAACUUAUUUCACUCUGUGUAUGAUUAUCACUUGCAAGAAAAA